CGAAUUGGAAAUCAUUUAAAUAAAAUGAUGAUGACAUAUAAAUAUAAUUAAUUGUAACAAAUUCACGCUGUUCGGCUAAUUCGAGUAAUAACUAAACAUUUCAACAUGGACAUGGACAUUGACACCAAACGAAAAUAUUUGUUUCAAAUUCAACAAUCCGAUUCAAAAAAUGCUAAUACGGCCAGGUUAACACCGCAGAAGUUUUCUUGGCUGCUGCGCCACUCGCCAGCCGUUGCUGAGCAUAUGGAUUUGGACGGUUUUGUGCAAUUCGAAAUACUUGAGCGCAUUAGCGGUGCUAGUCGGGAUCGAAUGCAACAAAUUAUAACCACUGAAGAUCGGAAAGGUCGCUAUGAAGUGCGUGGCACUGAAGUACGAGCCGUGAACGGGCACAGUGUGCAUUUCUGUCAAAAUUAUGAAAUCCUUGAGUCGCCUCCAACGUUCCUCUACCAUGCCACAAACAAUCGGGCAGCGGCGCUGAUCAUGAGCGAUGCACUGAAAAGGAUGGGUCGGCACUACAUCCACUUGUACGAUACACCGCCAGCGAAAACUUCGGUUCGGUAUCGAAUUUUGAGGAUCAGACCUCCAGAGGGGCACAUUUUCUACCGAACUAAGAACGGGUACAUUCUGAGUAGAGAAGAUAUUCCGGCAAAGUUCAUUGAGGUUUGGAAUUAGGGGUAAUUACACAUACCUAGGUCAAUGAUGAAUACCCUCUGGUUGGAAGUUUGCUUAACGACAGCAUGGUUGGCAGAGCAACCUUGAGCAUACAGCUCAUCACAAUGCCAUCUCAGUGUCUAGAUCACCUAGAUCAGCGCUAUUGACGGAUACAGCAAACCAUGCUAGGCCUAUGCUUUAUUUGUUUGCAUCGUAGCCCAAUUCUCGGUGUUACUUUCGUACCCAAACGAACCAAUGUGUAAAAAUGUAAGAAAAUGAUGAAAAUCCAUCUGUUUGCCGGUUCGUGUGGGCACAGACAUAUCCGCAGCUUGGAUAAUUAAUA